CCUACGCCUGGAAAACGUCCGGGGCAAGCGUCAUAACAAUUUAAAUACGAGGUUUACAGCAGGAUGGAUUCGGUUUGUGUCGAGUAUAAACUUCAGACCUUGGAUGCAGCGGCGCAGAACCUUCUAAAAGCAGCACUUAAAGAUCCUCGCGCAGUGGAUCUGGAGAAAGUGUCUAAUGCAGUAGUGGACCAGUCACUGAAAGACAGCUCUUUCUGCAAAGAGGCUGGGCGCAUAACUUACGCUUUGAUCGAGGAAGAAGCCAAGUAUGCCAACACCACUGUCUUCAGACGGAACCUGCUUACCCGACUGCAGCAGGAGUUCACCGCGAGAGAAGAUACACGGAAACGCUCCGUGUCACAGUGGGUGUGCUUCGUUAACUUCAUCUGUACCAUCUUUGACUACCUCAAGGUUAACAACCAACCCAUGGCUGCCCUGGUUCAUCCUGUAUAUGACUGUUUGUUCAGGCUGGUGAAGCCAGAUGCUCUUACCAGUGAGGAAGAGGUGGACUGUCUGGCGAUGCAGCUGCACCGCAUUGGGGAGCAGCUUGAGCGGGCGGAGGCGGGCCGCAUGGAUGAGCUGUUCUUCUCGCUGCGGGACGGCUUCCUGCUGCAGGAGGGCCUGAGUUCCAUGGCCCGCCUGCUCCUCCUGGAGGUGCUGGAGUUCCGGGCAGGUGGCUGGGCACUCAGUGACACAGCCCAGCGCUACUACUACAGUGAGGUGGCUAACUAGGUGGCUAACUAGGUGGCAGCCACUGACGCUAGUGAUACAGUGAGGUGGCUAACUAGGUGGCAGCCACUGACGCUAGUGAUACAAGAGUUAGAAGUAAGUUAAUCCACCUGAGGGUGCUGUGCAGAGUGAUAGGAGAACCAUUAAGAGACUUUCAGUGUGAGACGGUGGAGGCGUGUGAGACUUCCAGUGUGAGACGUGUGAGACUUCCAGUGUGAGACGAUGGAGACGUGUGAGACUUCGAGCGUAAAACGUGUGAGACGAUGGAGGCGUCUGAGACUUCCAGUGUGAGACGUGUGAGACUUCCAGCGUGAGACGAUGGAGGCGUGUGAGACUUCCAGUGUGAGACGGU